AUGGCAUUGUGCUGCUGGGCCUCGUUCAUCUCGCCGCCUGCCCGACGCGGCUGUUCGUCCUCUUCUUCCUCUUCGUCAUCGUCGUCGUCGUCGUCCGACGACUCGUGCUCCUCUUCUGCAGACGCACCCUCGAUGAUUUCCUCCUCUUCUUCCUCGUCUGGUCGUCUCUCCUCGAACGCAGCUUCCAGCUCCUGGUCCAGAUCGUCCAGAUCGUCCAGGUCGUCGUCCUCCUCUUCCAACAUCAGUCUGUUCAGCUCGUCGUCCACGUGCGAGUCCGUGUCCUUGACCUUCUUCUUCUUCUUCUUGAUGCGCGGCUCCGGAGUGCCAUAG